AUGCGCGGGCGGCGCGGCCUUAAGGGUGGCGGCGGCCCGGGGCGGCCCAGUCGGCCUGUCAGCCGGCUUCGUGGCACGCUGAGGCGCUAUCCGGGAGGCGGCGAAUAUGGCGGCAGAGGAGGACGAGGUGGACUCGGCGGAUACCUGCGAGAGGUCAGGAUGGCUAACUGGCUGGCUUCCUACAUGGUGCCCUACAUCUACAUCACACCUUAAAGAAGCUGAAGAGAAAAUUUUAAAAUGUGUCCCCUGCACAUACAAAAAAGAAUCUGUUCGCAUAUCUAAUGGAAAUAAAAUAUGGACACUGAAGUUUUCUCAUAAUAUUGCAAAUAAGACCCCACUUGUCCUCCUCCAUGGUUUUGGAGGAGGUCUUGGACUCUGGGCACUGAAUUUUGGAGAUCUUUGCACCAAUAGGCCUGUCUAUGCUUUUGACUUACUGGGCUUUGGACGAAGUAGUAGACCCAAGUUUGACAGUGAUGCAGAAGAAGUGGAGAAUCAGUUUGUGGAAUCCAUUGAAGAGUGGAGAUGUGCCCUAGGAUUGAACAAAGUGAUCUUGCUUGGGCACAACCUGGGUGGGUUCUUGGCUGCUGCUUACUCACUGAAGUACCCAUCAAGGGUUAAUCAUCUCAUUUUAGUGGAGCCUUGGGGUUUUCCUGAGAGACCUGACCUUGCAGAUCAAGACAGACCAAUUCCAGUUUGGAUCAGAGUCUUGGGAGCAGCAUUGAGUCCCUUUAACCCUUUAGCUGGCCUUAGGAUUGCAGGACCUUUUGGUUUAAGUCUAGUGCAGCGUUUAAGGCCUGAUUUCAAACGGAAGUAUUCUUCAAUGUUUGAAGAUGAUACUGUGACAGAAUACAUCUACCACUGUAAUGUACAGACUCCAAGUGGUGAGACAGCUUUCAAGAAUAUGACUAUUCCUUAUGGAUGGGCAAAAAGGCCAAUGCUUCAGCGAAUUGGUAAAAUGCAUCCGGACAUUCCAGUUUCAGUGAUCUUCGGCGCCCGAUCCUGUAUAGAUGGCAAUUCUGGCACAAGCAUCCAGUCACUACGACCACAUUCAUAUGUGAAGACGAUAGCUAUUCUUGGGGCAGGGCAUUAUGUAUAUGCAGAUCAACCAGAAGAGUUCAAUCAGAAGGUGAAGGAGAUCUGUGACACUGUGGACUGAACACACUGAAGCCAUUGUGGAAAAACCUGGUGAUUGAUACAGUUAUGCAGCAAUAAUUCAUAGUCUACAAUGAAGAGUAAGGAAUCAAAUAUAAGAACUAGGCAGUCUACUUGACUGUACUUUGCACAUAUUUUCUUUAUGAAGUUGCUUGCACAUUUAAACCAGUUAGUGCCUUCUAGAAGAAAGGCUUUCCUUUCUCCUACACGAAAUUGAAAUACAUGAGAGUCUCCAAAUUUGAUAGCUUUAAAUAAAAGGUUAUCUGUCCCUCUGAUGUACUGAAAAAUUGUUAUUUUUCAACUGAAAUUUUUUUUUACUUUAAUCUAAGUUUGCUAGUUGGGUACUUUUUAUAUUACAGUCUAUAUUGCCAAUUUAAAGAAGUGAUUUCCGGGUCUAUUAUGUUAUAUACUGUAAAGGUGGACUUUAUUUUCUUUAUUUUCUACAUGUAUUUACCAUUUCUAAUAACUGAUGUAGUUAAUACAAAUUCAUUGUAGUUUUAUGUAAAAGUUUGUCAGUUUAGAAUACUUCACUUCAUUUUUGAAAUGGAGUGACAAGGCAGGUUUUUAGUUAAAAGGAUGAGAGUUGAUCACUAGCAUUAAUUUUUCUGGUUUUCUGUUUUAUAUUUAAAGCUGCAAAUCCAUGUUCAACAUUUUAAAUGCGAUUGAUCCUGACAUAAUCUGCAACAACAUAACUCCUUGGAGCCUUCUGUAUAUAAUUCUACACUUCCAAGGAAAUAUGAUAUUAAUACUUAAGUGAUUCAAGUACUGUAAGGCUUAACUAAAAGUCUAUCCUUAUUUUCUCCCCAUUAAUGCUGUUCUUUUUCAUGAAUCCAAAUGCAGCAAACAAUAGAUUUCCUUACUUAAGGGGAUAUUAAGACUGUUACCUUCCAGUAAGCCAAGUCAUAUCAUAUUUUCACUAACAUCUAACUCUUAAAGAUAGGUGCUUACACUGGAUUACAUUUCUACCACUAAAAUAUAAAAAUGGGUGGUGCUGUUAUGUCUCAUGGCACCAGAAAUGAGCUAGAACUUGGUUUUGUUUUUUAUUAAGAGUAUUGUGUUGAUCAAAUCAUUACAUACUUGAAGAUUUAUUACAAAAAUUCUAUAAGGUUGAUUGAACUGUUUGAUAAUAACUAACAUCAAGUAUAGCACUUUCUUGUGUUUUUAAAAUGAGGAAAACUUUGAAGCUGUAAAAAAGCUCCAUGUGGUAACUGGCUGCUGAAAAAGCCCUCCACAAAAGAAAAUUGAAUAUGAUUGUCACCAAGGCACCUUUGCCUUAUGUUUUGUUAACAUUGCUUAUCUAGGAGAAAAGUGGUUAUGUAAAUAAAAGCAGUGAACUAGUGCAAAUAAUGGUUUAAUGGUUUGCAUUGUAUUUUUAAAAUGGUUAAUUAGGAAAUUUGUAGUUUUUAGGAAAUGUAAGUUUUUAUCACUGUUGAUUAACUACUAGAAAGACUGAAUUUCUAUUUUUCAACAUUAUCUCCACUACAAAAGAAUAGGCAAAUUAUACUGAAGUGCGGUAUACAGCUUUCCAAUGAACAAUUUGUCUCACUUGUCAUAUUAACUGGGUUAGUGCAAGAAGGCAAUGUAAGAGCCAAGAUGUGUUGUCUGAUCUCUCUUUUUUUGUGUGUGUGACCGGUAAGGGGAUCGCAACCCUUGGCGUGGUGUCGCCCGCACCACGCUCAGCCAGUGAGCGCACCGGCCAUCCCUGUAUAGGAUCCGAACCCGCGGCCUCAGCGCUCCCGGCGCUGCACUCUCCCGAGUGAGCCACAGGGUCGGCCCCUGAUCUCUCUUAAAUACAAAAAUAGCCUUUACUUUUUAGUUAAUGUCUUGGAUGGCCAGAUUCAAACCUGUAAAUGGUACACAUAAUUUGGGAAAUAUUUUCAUAUUUUUGUAUGAUACACUGUCUAAUCUCUCUUAAUUAUCUUUUGCUGGGUGAAUGCCAGUUUUCACUCGUACAGGAAGGUUUCUGUAUAUGAAACUUGUUCUCAACCGUAGGAGGGAAGGUACUUGGUUCACUUAGUGAAUGGAUUUCUGGUCAUAGAUGUGCCAAGUGAUUUAGGAAAAGAUAUACCCAAAUAUCAAGCAAAACUUAUUUUCCUACUAACUGAAUUUGCAUUAUUUGAAAAAUGUUGUCAUAGCUCUUCUUUUUUUUUUUUUUUUUUUUUGGCAUUUGGCCGGUAUGGGGAUCUGAACCCUUGAUCUUGGUGCUCGGUGUUAUCAGCACUGCACUCUAACCAGAUGAGCUGACAGGCCAGCCUUUAACUCAUAAGUUAAAUUUUACCUUGGGGUAUAGUAUAUGUAAUUUUGUGAAGAUUGAGCUAGCAGAGAAUGUCACAAUCCUUGUAUUCCUGAAAAUACAGUGGCUGCUAAACGUUUUCUUAAAAAAAAAAAAAUCUAUUACAGUAUUUGAUCUUUGCUAAGUUAUGCACAAUGUAUUUUACAGAAUAAAUUUUACUGUGAUACUUGCAACGA